GUAGAAAUGACAGAUGGAGACAGAGGAACCAAUGGUGGAGCCGUGCAGCCACCAGAUGAUGCGAACAAGUAUCGGCCUUUUGCGCACAUCGAGCACGCAAUCACCACGAACCUGAGACGACUUAUGGAGAGCACUGCUCCCAGCGCAGUGCAAGCUACUCCAGCGACGAUGAUGGCUGGCGCCUUAACUCGAGCUCUGACGUACAUCUCCAAACAGACGGCAUCUCUUCCGGCGGGCUCCUCCAGCGCACAACACUUCAACUACUCUGAUCCCUCAUCUGUAGCUGGUGGCAAUGAUGCCUCGGGCGUUGGUGGACAAGGAAAUAACAUCUCUGGCCUGACUUCUCGACUUCUCAUUCUAUCUGUCUCUGGAGACCUCGCGAAUCAAUACAUACCAAUUAUGAACUCGAUCUUCGCAUGCCAACGAUUGAGCAUCCCAAUCGAUAUCCUCAAACUUGCGGGCGACACGGUGUUUCUUCAACAAGCUGCAGAUGCUACAGGCGGCAUAUACAUGGCACUGGACUCCAAUACCAGGGGAGGCUUCCUCCAAUACCUCAUGUUCGCCUACUUACCCGAUGAGACUGCCCGCAAGCAUUUGAUCACGCCGGGCGAGGGCGAGGGCGUGGAUUUCCGCGCCGCUUGUUUCUGUCACAGGCGGGUGGUGGAUAUCGGAUUCGUGUGUUCAAUAUGUCUCAGUAUCUUUUGCGAGCCAUUGCACGACAGUCUAUGUCUGACGUGCGGGAGUCACUUGCAAUUGGCUAAUUAUGGGCAGAAGCCAGCUGUAGUUCCGAAGAUGAAGAAGAAAAAGAAGAAGAGGCCGUUGGAGGAUGGCGGGACUCCGGACAGUCGAGCGGGGACGCCACUGCCGUGAGUCGAGUGUAGCCAUGGGCUUGAGUAUGAGCAUGAGCAGAAUGCUCAUGGCAUGUGGUAGCCAACACCCGCUCAAUUCGCACAUCUGACAUUCCGGCUGAACUUUGGCAACCGAGUCAAAAUCUUACAGCAUCAAAUGAACAUUAAUGAAGAAUCACAUGCCAGCUUCGUUAAGCGGACUGGGCAGAAGCUCGUCGCACUGUGAUCAAGACGAACGAGAGCCUAGGCAUCUUACGUAACAUCGCACCUACUCGGAUUCUGGCGAGCCUCGAGUCCGCGCACGAGAAGCCUAUGCUUGGAGCAGCCUAAUCUUGAUGAACACCCUAGUAGUAGAUGGAGUUUAUUCGUCGAGGGACAGGCUGGAGAGCAUGACGGUCAGCAUCGGAACCGAACCUGCUAUGAAUUACAGGCAGCUUUGUAUUUCGAUGACUCCAAGCAUUGCAAUGCAAGUUCCAAUAAAGACACAGUCUUGCCGUAUCGUGCUUCGUAGGAAGUAUUGAUUGAGUAUGCGAGCGGAUGCGCGAAGCGGCGUAAAGCAGAUGUAGACAUUUGAAAAAGUAGCUGAAAAGAGCCGGGAGAAGAGGUCUCAUCCAAUUUUGAUAUAGUUCUAAAGACAGAAGACUGCUCUCUAGCUCAUCAUAUUCUACGUAUUG